GGACUGAAGGAAGGGAAAGAGAAAGAGAGAGAAGAAAGAAGGUUGCUCUGACUUUCUGGAUCUACUUUCUGAAGUAGCUGAGUGUACCUGGAGAAUUGGAAAGGCCAGAGAAAGUCCUUCUGAAUCUUUGGAAGAAGGCUGACUGUUGAAGCUUCCUUCAUUGAGAGAUAGGACCACGGCAUCUUGGAGAAGCAAGCAGUCAUCCACAGGCUCCUAUCUGGAGAAAGGGGAGAUCUGAUGGAUGCUUUGUGGGGUCUUUCCUAACUUCCAGAUCCAGAAUCUCCUCCUUCACACAGGCUGGUCUACAUAUCGUGGAGCUCAUGAUGGUUCUGAGUGGGGCACUAUGCUUCCGAAUGAAGGAUUCAGCCUUGAAGGUACUGUAUCUGCACAAUAACCAGCUGCUGGCUGGAGGAUUGCAUGCGGGGAAGGUAAUUAAAGGUGAGGAGAUCAGCGUUGUCCCAAAUCGGGCACUGGAUGCCAGUCUGUCCCCUGUAAUCCUGGGUGUUCAAGGAGGAAGCCAGUGCCUGUCCUGUGGGACAGAGAAAGAGCCAAUUCUGAAACUUGAGCCAGUGAACAUUAUGGAGCUCUACCUCGGGACCAAGGAAUCAAAGAGCUUCACCUUCUACCGGCGCGAUCUGGGUCUUACCUCUAGCUUCGAGUCUGCUGCCUACCCAGGCUGGUUUCUCUGUACCUCACCCGAAGCUGACCAACCCGUCAGGCUCACUCAGAUCUCUGAGGACCCCGCCUGGGAUGCUCCCAUCACAGACUUCUACUUUCAACAGUGUGACUAGGGCUGUGUGGUUCCCCAAACUCCCUAAGCAGAGGUGGUCGUAGAGGAGCCCCAUAUUGGGUAACUUACUCCUCUCCUUCCUCACAGGACUACUGCUUCUGACUUCUAAGGCACAUAGGCACUCUCUUCUCCUGUGUCCCAGUGCUGGCAAAUCUUCUGGUAUUUGGAGCCCAAUGUGUAGAUUCUUUCCAAUUAGAUGGUACUGCCUCUGGUAUGGAAUCCAACAGAAACCACAAAGGACCAACACAGAGCAACAUAAAAAUAGUCUUGGGUGAGGGAGAGGUGGGAAUUAUUCAUGCAUAGUAAGAUCUGACACAGUACCUCAGAAGUCCUGCCAUCCCCAUCUGUCCAGGAGAACAAGGGGGCACCAAGACUUUUCUGACUGGCUGGGCCCUUUCCCUUGAUCUUGCUGCUGACAUCUGCUGCCUGUCUCAUCCUUGCCUUCAUUUUCUGGCCUUGGACUGAGAGGAUGAUGUCAGGAUAGAGGACAGAAGGUGGCCAGGCACACUGUCCUGGUUUGAAACCAGAGGUACAAUAAAAAUUCAUGAUUCUUGUCUCCACUCACAUAAGAAGAAGCUUGUGAACAAUAGGUGGGGAGAGAUUGCUACUAAAUAACUCAUCUUGUAAUUUCAUCUUAAUUAAAAUAUACUUAUCUAUAUUAUACAUUUUAAAGGUGGUCUGGAGUGUUUACAUCAAUUGUAGCCAUGUCCAAGUGAGAGCAAGACAGGUGACUUUUCCUUUUAUCUGUGUCUAUUACCUUUUCCCUUAUGGAGGUGGGUCGUUUGUAUAAUAAUAAAAAAGGAAUCAAUAUAGAGGGAAGUGAAACAGACAAAGUUUCUGGUCAUCCUCACCAUCUGCUGAGUGAAAUCCAAACUGAGCUCGGCUACUCUAAGUGGCAAGGAGCAGGGAGCAAGGGGCAGACCCUAGAAAAGCUAGGAAGAAUGUGAUGGGUUCGUGCUAGAAUCUCCUGGGUAAGGUAUUUACAGAAGAAAUAAAGGAAAGAAGAAAGGAGUGGAGGGAGGGAAAAGAAGGAAGGGAAGGAAAGGAAAGGGGAAAGACUAUCCUGUGCUUUAACCUGGGAUGGUGACAAACUCCUGGAAUUCCAAGGAAUCACAGCUAACUUCCUAGAGGGCUACUGUGCUGGUUUGAAAGUUUCCUCCUCAAAUUUAUGUCCCUCCCAAAUCUACUAUGAUCUUAAACGUAAAGUGCUGGACUGAUGUCUUUUGAAAAUAAUGUAGACACAGAAGGGGCAGAGGGGAAAGGCCCACAUGAGACAGAGGCAAAGGUUGAAGUGACUUGGCUGCCACAGCCAGAGGGCCACGGACUGUGCAAACCACCAGCAGCAAGAAAGAGGAGAGAAUCCAGAGAGUACAGAUGGAGAGACCCCUGGCUCCAGCUGCAUGUGAAACAGAAGAUGGCCUUGCUGGGCACCAAUGGAAGGAGAAGCCCUUGGUCCUGACAAGACUCGACACCCAGUAUAGAGGAAUGUCAGGGUGGGGAGGCCAGAAGGGGUGGGUGGAUGGGUGGAAGAACACCCUCAUAGAAGGAGGAGGGGAUAGAGGAUUUACGGAUGGGAAACCAGGAAAGGGGAUAACAUUUGAAAUGCAAAAAAAAAAAAUUAAAAAUCCUCUGGGGGAGAAAGGGGGUGGGGAGGAAAGGUUCCUUUCUAGGGCAUCUGAGAGAGCGCUGCCUUGCUGACACCUUAGUCUCAACCUUCUGGUCCCCUGCACAGAAUACACUGCCACUGCUCUAAGUUACUAAGUGUGAAGUCAUUGGUGCUAGCAGCUGGAGGGACUGAAUGGAGCUGGUAGUGGUCUCUACUUCCUCAAGUCUACUCCCUCUGAUGCUCUGCCAUAUUACCUCUGGGCUAGUGAAAUAUGGCAGAGGUGCCAGCAGGCUACUACAGAGAGUGGUUCUGAAAGACACUUUAAUGGCUUUGGAGGGCCUGGUCUUUCUCUUCACACUGGGGCAAGCCAGUUUCUAUGCUAUAAGCAACCCCUUAGAGAGAGCAUAUGAGGGAAGCUAGUCACCCAUGGACAACAGCUGAAUGUAUGAGCUCAGGAGCAUGGCCUGCCCUGCAGCCAUUGCAAGCCAGAUGCUGUCUUGAUUGCAGCCUCAUAAGAAACUGAAGCAGCACUGCCCCCACCCAGCUGCUCCAAGGCAAAGGUUUCCCCACAGAAACCCCAUGAACUAAACAUGUUGCUUUUAGAUUCUGCAGAAAGUUGAUAAGCUGCA